AUGGCAGCUCGGCAAAACUUUCACCUUUUUCCCCUGCUGCUGCUAGAGCUUCGUUUGUUGAUAUGGGAAGAUGCCCUCGGUACCGAGGCCCAACAGCGUAUUGUUCCCUUUCACCUAGACGAGUCGAAUUAUGGUGGCCUGGUUAUACCAAUGAAGAACCUAGUCUCGCCACUGCUUCUGACCAGUCGUGAAAGCCGCGACUGUGCUACGAAAUGGUACGAUGCGAAGAUCCAGGUCUUUACUCACAAAUGCUCGGGUGACCGGUACAAGGUUAGCCAUAACGGCAACGGAAAGAACGGUUCAGUUUAUCUUCGGCGUACGGCCGGCUUCCUGUACUUGCGACUCGAUCGUCACAUCUUCCUGCAGACUUGCACAGCUAGCCAUGGCUACAAUUCAAGCCUGACGUGUUUAGACGAUCAUGACCACAUAGCGGCCGAGUACCAGUACGGCGAACUGCGCAAUUGGAUUGUACGGAACUGCGAUGCGACACUGUCGUUCCGUCAUCGCAUGAAAAUAAGCCACGCGUUAUUCGUAACCCCCACGACAAACCCUAAAAAGAUAUGGCUACAGACAAUAACUUCCUUUCCUCGGUUAAACAGACUUGACAUGAUUACUGAACACAGAUGGUUGAGCCAGGAUUCGUCCUUCGCCCACUUCUUUCAGGAUCUUCAUGAUAGAGGUCUGGACCGAGCUCUACAGGAUUAUCGCGAGCAGCACAUAGUGGUUCAAGGCCGGUCUGGAGAGUUUCUAAGUGGUUACGGAACAGGGUAUGACGGGAAGCCGGGAGGCUGA